GGCAAGAUAAGCUGCCAGGGUUGCAAGAAAAGCUGCAAGGGAGAAGUACUGAGGAUUCAAGACAAAUACUUCCAUGUCAAGUGCUUCAAAUGUAAAGAAUGCAAGAUAGAUUUGGCGACAGAGGGAUUUUUCUCAAAAGAUGGCCAGUUUUAUUGCGGGAAGGAUUUUCAGAAACUGUUUGGUACAAAGUGCUAUACAUGUGGCAAGUUUGUAGAGGGGGAGGUCCUUACUGCCCUGGGCAACACAUACCACCAUGAAUGCUUCAAAUGUGAAAACUGCAGUAAACCAUUUGAGCCUGGCACUAAGGUAACAUACACAGGUAAACAAUACCUGUGUAAAAACUGUGGAGGGGAGUACAACAGUGGACCCAACAGCCCAAGUAGUCCACUAGGGGACGCCACUAACCAUGUGGAUCAUGGCUCGCCACCUGCCAAACCUCCACGCCUUCAUGACAAUAGCUUAUCUAGUCCUCCAACCAGCCCUGGAUCACCUGGUGAUUCGGCUUUUGAUGAUUCUCUUACCCCAGUAGAAAACCAGUUCGACUAUCGAAGUGUGAGCCCUUAUAGUUUCGGUUCAUCGAGCGAGGGGAACUUUGGCCUGAGAAGGUCAUUUAGGUCGGAGUCCAGUUACGAGCCACGUUUUGAGGCAGAUUACGGGAAGUUCUAUCGAAAGAGUUAUCUCUCUGAAGGAGACCAACUCUCCGCUAACACUGAGAAGCCACCAAAAGAUCGUUACAAGCGGAUCUCACAAACUUCCCCUUGCCCACCCAAGUCUCCACAUUUUCACAGACCUGAACACUUCUCGUAUAAGCGUGAUAACGUCAGCAAGCUCUAUGUUACAAAGCCAAAGCGAGAAAGUAGCGGUAUAUCAAGCAUGAUGUACUUAGCUGAUGUAUCACGAACACCAAGAAGUAAAUCUCCUGCCCCAUUGGACAAUGAGGAGCCAAUCAAAUUGGCUACAUUCAGUGGAGGUCACAUACCAUCGCCAGGCGAGAAAGCUCCGGUAGAGAGAGAUGAUUGGCCAGCGCCACCAGAGCCUUCAGUAGCAUGUCCAGAUCUAUUUCGAAGUAACAGGCCCCGGCACAGACGUGUAGAUUAUGACGAUGAGAUAGAUGAGAAGUACCGGAUCCCAUCUGAAGAGAGAAAGAAAACGCGCAAAGAGGCUCGUGUAAGGGAGGAUGAAAAAAUUGACAAAGAAAUCCAAGAAAUCUCAAAGCUUUCAAAAUCGGGAAUGGGCCAGGCAAUGUUAAAAUCUCUGCAAGAGAAAAAGAAGCGAGCCGUAUCUCCCACGCUAGAUCCCCGCAAUUCUUCAAGGGAUCCUGAUGCAAAUAAAGAAGUUCCCUUCAAGUUUCUACAUGAGACAUCUUAUCAUGCAUCUCCUUCUCGAGAUACAGUUCGACCAAGACUGAACUCAAUGGAUGAUACACUGGGUUAUAGGACACCAAGCACUUUACCCAAUUAUCCAGUGCCAAAGCCUGGGUACAGUCUAGCCAAGCAGAAUAAAUCUUCAACUCUGCCUGGACUUGGACGGGAUGGACCUCUCGACCUGGACGAUUAUGCGUAUGAGAAGAAACGAUUGAAUUAUACUUCAGCUUCUUCAAAUGGUUCUAUUAAUGGUGAAGGUGACGCUGGUGCUAAUCUUAAGCGAAAUACUAAGCUUCGUGGUUCAUCACUAUCAACUGGUCGUCUACGAAGUUCUUACAUAAGUAAUGAUAUCGAUGACGAUUACUCCUCGUACGCGGCGUAUAUGGGUUUACGAAAAUCCCAGCCUGAUCUUCUAGAACCUAAGCUAUUUCAAGACCGAACACAGCAUGCCAAGAUCUAUCCAUACGAGCAGUUGAAGAUGACUAAUUUGAGACUUCCUAAAGAUGUAGACAGAUUAAAAUUAGAGAGACAUUUAGCUGAUGAUGAGUUCCAAAAAUUAUUUGAAAUGUCUAGAAAAGAAUUUGCAAGAUUAGCAGAAUGGAAACGAAAUGAUCUGAAAACCAGAGUGCACUUGUAUUAG